CGGCAGCGCUGAAAGCCACAUUGAGUGGGAAGUAAUAUAACGGCAGGCUGAUAACGGGAGCGGUGCAGCCCUACUCCACCGGAAUGAAUCUACCCCGUCCGCGCCUGCGCACACCCACCACCAUUCAUCUCUAGGGAUUUCGCCCCCCUUCUCUUGUCUCGUGCGAGAGGAGAAACCAGCAGGCGGCUCCGGGCUCGCGCUCGCUUUCCCGGUUGUCAAGGCAGUCUGACUUCUCGUUGCGGCUGGACGGUGACAGCUCAGCUCGGCUCUCAUAUCUCGGAUUGUGCUCGGAUUUUUGCCUCUUUGGAAUUCUAUAUUUUGGCAGCAGUGACGGACUAUACACAGCUUGCUAACACAGUACUAAACCCUGCCUGCUCUGACACUGUGACUCCAGACAGACACACUGGCUGACAGACGCUGAAAGAGAAGGCAGAUAAACAGAUUGGAGGACAGAGGGAGAAGUACAACCUCUCAUAGAGUGGUGGCCAGAGUGACAGAGGAGCACAUGAAGAGCGGAAACGGCGUGACAGCAACAUCCUGACCGGUAACCUUGCUUCUGCACCCCACCACGCGCCCAGCAACUCCAGAAGCGGGGUGUCACAAGGAAGGAAACGUGCGACCACUCCUCCUGCAGGCAUGAGGUCCUUCCGUUCCUUUAGUAACGAUGACCGCCACGUCAUGGCGAAACACUCCACCAUCUACCCCUCCUCUCAAGAGCUGGAAGCCGUUCAGAAGUUGGUGUCAACUGUCGAGUGCGCCCUCAAACACGUCUCUGAUUGGCUGGAUCAGAGCAGCAGCGACGUCCACAGCCAAGUCGACAGCCAACCAACAGACAGCACAGAGGAGGACGAUCCUAGUGAUGAGCCCAGCAGUGAAACUGAGGAUUCCAGUGACAGCUACAGAGAGCCAAGCAGUGGUAGCGUGCUGUGUGGAGUGAUGCGGAUCGGCCACGUGUCCAAAGGCCUCCUGAUCAAAGGCGACAUGGACCUGGAGCUGGUGCUGAUGUGCAGAGACAAACCCACACAGACACUGCUGGACACUGUCUGUCACAAUUUACCCACACAGAUAGAGAAGCUGACAGAAGAGAAAUAUGAGGUCGCAAGCUCCUUGCCCGAGGCAGCCAUCUUGGUACAAACUACAACAGAGCCCAAACUCACACUGACGAUUACCCUAACCUCGCCGGCCAUGAGGGAAGAUGAGGAGGAAGAGGAAGAGGAGGAGAUGGAGAAUGGGGAGGAAGGACAGCAUGAGGAGGAGCAGGAGGAGGAGGAAGUGGAGGAGGAAAAGCAGGAGCAGGAGAAGAAGAAUGGGCAAGUGUUGGGUGCUGCUGCGCAGAGAGUGGAGGCUGAGGAGGAAGAGGGGGAGGUGCUGGAUAGACACAGAUGUCUGUUGGCCCUGGCAGCGCUGCGACACGCCAAGUGGUUCCAGGCUCGAGUGAACGGGCUCAAGUCCUGCGUUAUCGUUCUCAGGAUACUUAGAGACAUGUGCAAUAGACACCCUGUCUGGGAACCUCUCAAGGGAUGGCCCUUAGAGCUUAUCUGCGAGAAGGCAAUUGCCACCUGUAACAGACCUCUUGGGGCGGGAGAAGCUCUGCGUCGGGUCAUGGAGUGUCUGGCCUCAGGCAUACUCCUACCAGGUGGUCCAGGUUUACACGACCCAUGUGAGAAAGAGCCAACAAACACACUAGCCAACAUGACCGACCAGCAGGCUGAGGCCAUUACCUACCGUGCACAGCAUGCUCUCAGACUCAUGGCAUUUGGACAAAUUUACAAGGUGUUGGAGAUGGAGCCUCUUCCCUCAAAUAAACCAUCGCAGAAAUACCCUUGGUCUGAUAAAGAAGGCUUAGGUCUAAAGAGGCCAUACGAGGAUGGAGCGAUGGAUGACAAGGACGUCAUCAAGAAGAUGAAGAGGAAUCUGAGGAAAGUCCUAGACAGUAAAGCCAUAGACUCCAACCAGCCAAUGAACGCCCUGAUGCGGUUGAACCAGAUCCGGCCGGGGCUGCAGUAUCGCCUGCUGUCCCAGUCGGGCCCGGUUCACGCUCCAGUCUUCACCAUGUCUGUGGAUCUGGAUGGAACUAUUUAUGAAGCAUCUGGAUCCUCCAAGAAGACCGCCAAGCUCCACGUCGCCGUCAAGGUUCUCCAGGCAAUGGGCUACCCAACAGGUUUCGACUCAGACCUGGACCCUAUGAGUUCAGACGAGAAGUCGGAUGGUGAGGGGAAGAACGAGACGUCGUCACACACUAGCAAUAAGCCAACACACUCCACGGACAGUUCCAACACACUUGAGGUGCGAACUCAGGGUCCCAUACUGACGGCGAGUGGGAAGAAUCCCGUCAUGGAGCUAAACGAAAAGAGACGAGGCCUCAAAUACGAACUCAUCUCUGAAAGCGGAGGCAGCCACGACAAACGCUUUGUUAUGGAGGUGGAGGUCGAUGGGCAGAAGUUUCGUGGGGCAGGCCCCAACAAAAAAGUAGCAAAGGCCAGUGCUGCUCUGGAAGCUCUGGAAAAGCUCUUCUCUGGUCCCAACGCCGCUGCAAACAAGAAAAAGAAGAUAUUGCCCCAGACUAAAGGAGCCCUGGCCGCGGCAGCAGCAGCCUCAGCAGUAGCAGCUCAGGUAGCCAGAGGAAGAGGAAGAGCAGCCCUCGCGAGAGGAGCCUUCGUCAGUGCAGCUGCACCUGGAUAUGUCACGCCAGGCUUUGGAACACCGUAUGGCUACAGCCCUGCUGCAGCAGCUGCUCCUGCAUACGGUGGUCUUUUCAUUGACAAUCCCUUCUACCAGCCGCGGACCAUCGCUCCUUUUAUCAUUCAUCUGGGUCCCCAGGAUCUCUUCUCUGACUUCUAGAGACAGCAGGUUGUUGGAUACUCUCUUCACACUUACCUGUCUGUAUACGCAGGACACCUGUUUUUUCUGUCCGUUUUAGCGGGCUGCCUUUCUAUCCAGGUGCGGACUCACAGAUCCAAAACUGUUUUUGUUUGAUCAGUCCGCUGGGGAAAACUUUCUCCCCAACAGCAGUGGCAGAAACUAUCUCACCUACUAACCGAGAGGCUCAUAGCUCCUCUCUCUGUUUUCUCUACCCUCUGCCCAGAUUAUCACUUCAGAGGAGAGAAACUUUACACAAAGCAAUACUUGGAUUUUACGAGAAAUGUUCAGCUGCUACUGUGUGAGGCUGGGCUGGCUGAACUUCUUUCUUAUAGCAAUACACCAGAACUCCUCUCUUUGAGCUUACUUACUUGAGAAGAUGUGAAUGUCAGAUGGAGUUUUACCCAAUACAGCAUUGCAAUAGCUCAUUCUGAUUGUAUAUUCAUUGUAUGUGUGUGUGUACGUGUGGCUAUAACAUGACUAUAUACACAUAUAUGUAUGGUGUAUGUUUCUAUAACGAUGUGUUGACAAUAAUAUCACUAUAUGAUGUAUUUAUGUAAAUAUUCGAUAAGAUAUAAUUAUUGUUGGUAUAAAUUAUUUUAGAAUUAUAAAGUGAAAUGUAACUAUAAUAUCACAGUAUAGCUUUCUUCCAAUUUUAUAUACACUGAGCAAUUGAAGCUAGUUCUAGGAGAUGCAAUAUUAUAUUUGGUAUUUCUAUUAACCUGUGCUGUUAGAAUAAUAAUGCUUCCUUCUUUCCUUCCUUCAAACUUUUCCUCUAUCUUUGAUGUCUUUCUGAGCCUUUCUGAGCACGCUCUCUGCUGCCCGAGGUUUGUUUACUUGGCCCGGACCAGAGGUGCUCGCUACUGAACACACUCAUAAUCUAAUCACACCUGGGCACACACACGCACACACACUUUUCCUGUCAGAAAGCACAUUUUCUAUAGUCUCACUGCUGGCAGGGAAUACUGUUGUUAGAAAUACAGUACUGUAUGUGUAUAGUAUGUGUAUACUCUGAUGUACGUGCUCCUCCAUCUACCAUUCACAUGUUAGCGGACUCACCCAUCAACACUCAGAACAAUCGUCAGCUCUGUCCCGCUCACCUUAGGGACCAAAAGCACAGCUCACUCACACAAAUUACUAUUCCUUCUUUCUGCAAACACACACAUUAACACACACACCCUUCCCUCCACCCUCCUAUGGCAAUCCUCUACUGUACGGAUGUGAUGUGGCUGGUAGCUGAUACAGCUUUGUCAAAGGGUGUUUUACACAGUGGGAAAGAUGGAGCACAACUACUGGCAAAUUAAUUAAAGGUAUAGCCCAGCAAAAAUCCUCAAAAGGGGAACUUUGAAUUGGAUUUUUAUGUUCCUGUCUGGGCACAUUUCAGUGGUUGGUGAUGUCACCUGUAGGUUUCUGGAGGGAUGGGUUUUUGCCUUUGCCAGUCACUGAAGCUAGAAAAAUUUAGCAAAAGAAAUGUGGCUGGAGCUGAGGUGGACUGAGGAAGUUUCAGCUAGGGAUGCACCAAUCCAACAUGCCCAAUCAGUAUCGACCACAGCAACGUGUGGCCUCAUGUUACAGUACAUUACAACAAUUCCAAUGAGUUCCACACAGUGAGGUUUACAGAUUUUACAUUUAGAAUAAAGACUUCUGCAUUUUAAGGCACUUCUGCACCAGCUAUACACAAGAUUGUUGAACUGUUGCUGAGAUAUUUGGGAAAUAGAGUUUUGUUGGUUAUCACUUUUAGUCUCAAAAUACAUGUAUAUUGCUUACUAGUAGUUGACUGUGUUGUCCUAGUGUUGUGGGUUUAAUGCUGCUAUAGCACAUAUUGCACAUAUUAUUUACGCAGGUAGAAAUUAGACUGAGAGAUGAGAUAUUAAAGUGAUUUAUGCAUAACAGUAUAUUUGUUCUAAUUUGGGGGUAUUGUUGGAACCAAACAUGUCAUGCUACACACUGAGAUAGCAGUCACAACACACACAUAGCACUCACUCAGGGCUGUGUGGGAUGUCUGCAAAUUUCUGUGGUGCUUACAUGCUUCUGAAAGCUCUUCAUCGUUAUUUUUCUAUUUCUAGCCUUUAAUAGAGACAAGGUGUCAGUCAGCUGUCUGGGCACCAGUUUGAUCUCCUGUUUUUGUGUCAGCUUUUAUUCAACAAAAACGUCUGAGAAUAAGAAAAUAGACUCACGAAGGCUCCAAAGCCCAUGUUUCAAGACAAUAAUUCAAAUUUAUGUUAGAUGUUGUGACACCACUGAGCUGACAGUGAAGAUGGACUACAACUUGUGCCAUCAAGCUGUGCUUGAGAGAUUGGAGGUAAACUGAAGGAUGUCCAUGCUUCCUCCAGUUGUGCUUUGUGUGUUGGAGCGAUGAGGUCAAGCACACAAGCUCUCGGUCAUUCAUGUUUGAGCAGCUGGUUCCUCAACUUAAACAAUUGGACUUAUCCACACAGUUAUGUGUAUUUACAGCAGGAGUUCACUUCCAUGCUUUGCUAUUCCAAGCAUUUUCCAUCAAAUCACAAAGCAUCUUUGGUCGUCUCAUCUCACUUGAGAGAGGCACUGCUUUGCCCUGACUUUUCAUUCUGGUGUGGAAUUCACGUGGAGGUGAAUAACUUGGAGCUUUACUGUGUGGAAACAGACCUUCUCUGUUGGCUAAAAAAUCUCCUAAUUUCCCCUCUGCACUCUCUCCGUCUCUCUCUCUCUGCCCCCGUCCUCUCAGUCCAGAUGGCCCACAUUAAUAAGGCAGACAGUCAUACCUCAGUGCGCAACCUUUUCAUUUCCCCUCAGACUGAACUGACACGCAGGAGGAGUCACCCUGACUACUGACCCUGUCCUUCUGGUCUGUUGGCUGAACGACCACGUUAAGAGAAAGGGUGGCCGGGUGAGAGCUCAGGGAAACACAGUCGGUCUAAAACUGGCACAGGCAGUCUGGUGCGACCAUAGAGGUUUGGGAGUUGUUGUCUUUUAGUUAAGCACAGGUAAGGUUCCACAUGUUUGUUUCUUGUUAGGCUGUACAGUGAAAUGUGAGGGAAAUAAUUGUUUUGCUAGUACCUAAGCCCCUCCUAAAAAAGUAAAAAAGAAAAAAUUAUCCCAUUAUCGUGUUCUUUAAAAGUAUAUAUUUGGUGAUGAUUUAGAGAAAGCAUAGGAAACAGAGGAAAAUGAAACUAAUGCUGCUCCUUACACAAUCCGUAUAAACAAAGCUUAUUUCAAUAUAUAGUCAGAUAGUUUCCAGCUGUGUUUGGCUUACUCUUGCACCACCAGGAAGAUGGAAAUAGCAGUCGACGGCCGUACUCUACUAUGAAAUGUCUCAGAAUAGAAAACAUUAUUGUGACAUAUUUUUCCCUAAAGAAAUACACUCCAGGUAGCCCUAGGGCUUGGACAAUUAUUUCCACAUGGAUAAUUUUUCUAGAAAGUAAUGGUUGUUUGUGCUGCACCCAGGUCCCAGUGAGUUUUCUGAUGGAUGUUCUUCCUGCUCCAGUGUUCUUUAGAAAUGUCUCUAAGAAAUCACUAUGAAACAGGAAAACGUGGCAGCUAUUGUAAACACACACAUCCCCUACCUGCAUCUACACUUUUACAAACACCGCCUCUCCGUAGACGUUCAACAACUAUACCUGUAAAUCUAAGAAGCACAAAACACAUAUGAGCAAUACUCCCACACGUUCUCAGGGCCACCUGACACAUACACAAACACACACACACACACACACACACACACACACACACACACACACACACACACACACACACAUAAUCAUAUAUUUAAUUAUUUCAGCAUUCAUCAACAAUAAAAGCUGAGCACAUUGAGACAGCUUGAUAGUCUUUGCUCUGUGGAUUGUAUAAUACACAUACGAUUGUACUGUAUGUAGUGAGAGUCACACAAGUGGUUAGGGCUUGUUUGUACUUUAGGAAUUGAGCCAUGUAGAGCUGAGAAAACACACCUCCCCCAUUUGUUAUCUUGGUGCUUUAUAACGGACUGUCCACAGCAUUGUAUAUAAUGAAUUUCACUUUUGCUUUUUGGAGAAACAGCAGUAAUCUGUGAACAGAUCAAGCUUUGCUGACGGGAGAAAGGAAAGAAAACUCCUGCAUUGCUACCAAAUGCAGGAGCUUUGCACGUUUAGAUGCUGCAAUAUGUUCAGUACUUUAAGGGUUCUGAGUGCUUUCGUUGCCAGGUAACGUCAGCUUUUUGGACUUUAUGUUUGGAGACUGUCGAGCCCGGUUUCUCUAAGGCAACUCUUCAUCCCCCUGCCUGGUCAUAGGUGAAACAGGCUCUGGUUUGUUCUGCGGAAUGGGAUUUAUCCAGACACCAAAGACUCUGUUGCACAAAUCUGAUCAUCCCUGCAGUCUCAGAAGUGAGAAACUAUACAGUAUGUGAUCGGAUAUUCAACGUCUACACCGUUAUGAAAUAUCAGUUAAAAAGAAAAGAAAAUCUCCUGUGUAAAUUAACAUAAUCUGUGUCUUGCUCAUUCUUGCAUUAGCACAGAGAGUUGGGUCUUAAGUCUGGGAGUCGUGCUAAAUUUGUCUGGAAGCAGAGAAAGAAGAGCUGCAGAAAGAGCUGGAAAGUCCAUACGCGAGCCGGUCUGAACUCUGCAGAGCAGCAGAAAUAGAUCCAGGAUCACGUUUCGACUGCAGAGGCAAAGCGAACCAGACUAACAGCUGAACACGUCAUUUUCUCUAGGUGUGUGUGCAUAUGUGUGGCGGUGGUGGGGGAGGGUUGCAUGUUUGUCUGGCAAGCACAUAAACCGGAAGGUAAGGGGAAACUAUUUCACGCACACAAGCGCACACACACACACACACACACACACACACACGCACACAAUAUUGCAGUCACAUUAAGCAUGUUGUUGCAUUCUUCCUGGUCAUUGUCCACUAAUUGUUUAAGUCCAAUAUCCUCCUGAUAAACGAUCAAAGCAUUUUGGUUGGGAAUGUACACUGUUGUUAUAGUGAUUGUAGAGUAGAAUGUAUUUACUCAUAGAAAGAGUAAACUUGCUUUUUUGUAGAGAAGCAUAUAUACAGAAUAUAUAUGGAUACAUACAUAUAUACAUAUAUCUUUUGAACUACUUCUGUGUGAGAGUUGUUUUGGGUGCAUCCACCCUGUAAGGAUUCAUAUUUCUUUCCCCUUUUUACAUUUUUAUUUAUAAUGUUCUGACAAAAGUAGCGUUUUACAAGUGAUGGGUUAUCUUUAUAUCUUAUUAAUCUGUAAAUAUGAUUUUUAUUUUAUUUUAUUUUUGACAAAAAGGGGAUUAAAAGAAACAGUUUUACGAUGCUGCAUAUGAAACUAUGAAGUGAUAUCUGUCAACAGAAUCUGUAUGAUCAAUUAAAUUAUCGAAGUAAACUUUGUGAAAUAAUGACAGGGUGGCAGUCUUACUGGUCGUGCUGAACUGAGGCUAAUGACAGUAAAUGAAGGGGGCUCAUUUGACCUCACUGUAUUGAUCGUUUUGAUUAGUAGCAACAUUCACAGCAGUGCUGAUCUGUGGUUGUCACUGUUUUUGACAUAAUCUAUGCUUGACGAACUGAAAAUAAAUCUGAGAAAGUGCUGAA